CUGGCGUCCUUUAUCCUUUUCGACCGAUCUAUGAUCUCUUGUAAGUUGAUUUGUUGAGUGGGCAUAAACGUUUCGUGUCAAACGACUUAAAAAAUGCGUUACGUGGCUGCUUACUUAUUGGCCGUUUUGGGCGGUAAAACAGACCCGAGCAGCGCGGAUAUCGAGAAGAUCCUCGGCUCUGUAGGGAUCGAAACCGAAAAUGACAAAGUUCAAAAGGUAAUAUCCUCCCUUAAGGGCAAGUCCAUCGAGGAAGUUAUCGCCCAAGGCCGCGAGAAAUUGAGCUCGAUGCCCGUUGGAGGCGGAGCAGCUGCUGCCCCUGCUGCUGCGUCUGCCGCGGCGCCCGCUGCAGAAGAAAAGAAAGAAGCCAAAAAAGAAGAGAAGAAAGAGGAGUCAGAGUCUGAAGAUGACGACAUGGGCUUUGCUCUGUUUGACUAGAUGUAUAUAGUGAAUUUUAUAUACAUAAGUACUAAUUUUGUUUUUUUCUUCUUUUUUAAUAAAUGGACUAAAUUAUU